UUUUACGCACAUAAUUUCAAAAUUAUGCGCGUAAAAAUAAUAACGGCUAUCAAACGGCUGACGUUUGAUACACGUCAGCCGUGUAUCAAACAGGUGGAGUUCUUUUGACCGCCUCAUGUUAUGACACCAGAGGGCGCUGUGAAUGCACUGGAUUGAAACGACGCUCACAUGUUGGGAUAGUUCUUCAAAAAUGACUGGGCAUUUUAGACUUUUUUUCUCCCUUUUCUUUUUUUUUUUUUAAAGUACUCAGCUAAAUGUAACAAGUAAACCACCCACUUCUAACUGUCAUUUACCCGAAGCAAUAUGUGGAAUUAACUGGUGUUGCAGAAUUAUACAUUUGUUAUUUUGUUUUAAAUGCUGUCUCCUUGUUUCAAGUUAAAAAUAUCCCUAUAAUAACGCAAAAGUGUAAUGUGCUCUGAAAAGAGUAAAUCUCUGUUACGCUUUUAUUUAUUUAUUUUACUGUGCAUUACUGAGGGAAUCCAUAAAUAUGAAUGGUCUGAAUCCCAGACCUCUGCAUAAAUAAAUGUCGGUGUUACAGGAAGAUCUGACAAAAAUUAACCUUGACUUUAAUUGAAUUUAAUUUGACCUAUAUUGAGUCACACUCAGGCAUAUAAUGCCCAUAAAAUCUAGGCAAAAGGUCACAGUGUAUGGCAAGCCGUUUUGCCAUACACUGUGACGUUUUCACCUCACAGCCGUUGGUUGCACCCAACGAGUCACGAGCCCGCCCACCGAGGAGUCACGGUUGCUAUGGUUACCGCGGACUCUGUUGCUUCAUCUGGUUAAACCUGGAACAAGACGUCGAGAAAUCGCAACAUUUCAGGUUAGCUUGAAUUGCAAGGGAAGCUAAGGGAAGGAAAAGCAGCGAUGUCUGAACAACCUAAGGAAAAACCACCAAAAGCAGAGAAGAAAGUCAAACUUCCCGCGGAGGGACCCAGAGCCAAAGAAAAAGCUGGCCGAAUUAAGGACCCUGCCAGUACGCAUGUGGACGAGCAUGUGACCCAUGAAGAUCCCACAGCUGCCAUGAUUCCGAAUACUUACCAACUGGGCCCUAAUAAACCAUUCCCUAUCACUACUAUCUCACACAUACUGAAGGAAGAAAUCACCCAUCGCCUCCGGGAUGUGCGAUAUGAUCCAGUUCGCUCUCGAGAAAUGACCCUAACUCUCUGUGAAGUGAUAAGGACCCGCAUGAAGGAGUUUAUGAUCGCCAGGUAUAAAACCGUCAUCCUGGUCCACAUCGGCCAGCUCAACGGCCAGGGGAUGCAGAUCAGCAGCCGCUGUCUGUGGGAUCCAAACUUCGACACCUUUGUGUCCCACUCCUUCAAGAACACCUCUCUGUUCUGCAGCGCCACCGUGUAUGGGAUCUACUUUGAGUAAAACCGUCAGGUCAAGUUUUAGUUCGUCUCUCUUUGUCAAAUGCUUUAUCAUUAAGCAAACACUUUGAAGUGGAAACUCUUGAGUAAGUGACUGUCUGAAUGCAGUAGUUUGUGUUAUCAGAAGUCACUUACCAUGUUUUUCUCCUUUUUACAAUGCUCAAGCUGUUGCAGAAUCUCAAAGUAUUCCGCCAAGGACGUUUUCCUUGUAGGAUAAAAGCUACAAAAUGUAAGGACUGGUUAGAGCCGGACCGAACGGGCUGAUGUUGCAACUUCUGUACAGAACGGUGUUCUUACAUGGAAUGUUCUCCCAGAUAGCAGAAGUGUAUAUAAAACAGAGGCAUCUGUGAGGUGUUGCUCUGACUUUUCUGAUUUUGUUGCGUUCAGAGCCUUUGAACGCUUGACCGCCUUCAAAUAAAAGACUUGAAAGACAAAGUU